CCUGGCGGGUGGUAGCGGCGCUGCUGGUGGAGUGCGGCGGCUUGCGCUUCGGGGACGGACGAGAGAGGCCGAGGGGCUGCAGCGACCGCCCGUGUGCAGGCGCCGGCUUGAGGCUUUCGAGAAGCGGCGGAGGAGCGCGCGGACUUGGAAGAAGAAGGGCUUCGGGUUCCCUCGCAGGUUCAGUCAUAAUGAAUGGAUCCAAUGUAGCCAGUACACCACCCAAUGUCAAAUCCAAAGAGGACCAGGGGCUAAAUGGGCAUGAGGAGAAGGAAAAUCCAUUUGCAGAGUACAUGUGGAUGGAGAAUGAAGAGGAUUUCAACAGACAGGUGGAGGAAGAACUUCAGGAGCAAGAUUUUUUGGACCGCUGCUUCCAGGAGAUGUUGGAUGAAGAAGACCAAGAGUGGUUUAUUCCUUCACGCGACCUCCCUCAGGCCAUGGGACAGCUGCAGCAGCAGUUAAAUGGAUUGUCAGUCAAUGAUGACCAUGAUUCUGAAGAGAUUUUGAACAAGAGUAACCUGAACCCAGAUGCCAAGGAAUUCAUUCCAGGAGUGAAGUACUGAGCUGACAGAGCUUUGAGAAAGACUUGUAUAUUCCCACAUCUGGGUACAGAACUACACAAAAAGGCGGAGUUGAAGAGGGGGUGGGAUGGGUGAGGGGUGCACACUGGGAAUGGGGAGCAGUGGUUUGACAUUGUGACUGGAGGAAGGAACUAUGUGCUCAGUCUUACUGUACACCAAUUUUUGUUCUAUGUUUGGAGCAGUUUCCUAUUGUUACCUUUUUUUUUU